AUACCAAAAUGCCCGGCGGCACCGCCAUCCACCUGACGGCCCUCGACGGCAUCGUCAACGUCAACUCCCUCUUCACCUUGGCCGUCUUCGUCGGCCUCACCUGGAACCCCUCCGACCCGGAAAACACCCUCAUCGAGGCCGACGACCCAACGGCCUGCCGCCCCGGUCCCUCCGUCGCCGAGGAUCUCGUCUCCUUCCACGUCUACUCCUUCAGCUCCUUCCUCUUCUCCAGCCUCGUCGCCCUCGGCCUCAAGCAGGCCAUCCGGAUCACCCGCAGCCCGUCCUACCACCGGCCCGCCGAGAUUCUCGUCCGGGUCAACAGCACCCUCCUCCGGAUCGGGAUGCUCGUCUCGGGUGUCGGUUCGGCGGCCGGUUGCGUGUUCCUGAUGCUGGCUCUCAUCAACGUGGUGCAGAUCAAGCUCGGGACUUUGGCCUGCGGCAGCUUCAACACUCUCGCCGCCGCCGUCCCGCUCGUCAUCCUCGUCCCCGUCGCGCUGCUCAUCUAUGUUUGCACCGUUUUGUACGCUUUUACGCGCUAAAUUAUUGUAUAUUAGUUGUAAUUUGAUGAAUUUUAAUGCCUGAUUUGGAUUAAUCCUGAGAUUUAAGUUCUUAAAUUCGAUUAAAACAUAUAAAGCAUGGUUUAUUUAUUUA